AUGGGCAACACUCAACCACUUCAAAUGAAUCAUGUUUUUCAUCCACGUAGAACGGCCCGAAACAUCACAAUCAAUAUUUUAUGGUGUAGCGGUAUGCCGGCUGAUGUCUGGAGAGCACAAGUUCAGAUGGGAAUGAGAACUGAAUUUUGUGCACCGACUCAUUUCGUACCAUUAUUAAUCGAUCCAUUUAUCCAACCGGCUCCGCAACCAGUACUACAAGCACAACAACAGAAUCGACAACCUGCUACAACCUCUUCUAUAACAUUUGAUUCUGAAAAACCUCCAUUAUUUAAAGAUCCGAAACGUGUAGCAGUCUUCGUGAACAAACUUCGAGACACGUUUACAACACCACGAGAAGAACAAAAAGCAGUCAGACGAAAAUUCGAAGUUAAUGCCACUUUGGAAACAAGAUUAAAUGCUUAUGUUAAACGUAUAUUGAUAGAAAUUAGUGAUUUGUAUCUAUCUGAAGAAAUGGAAAAGAAAUCAAAAACACCUUAUUCUGAAACGGAUGCUCGUGAUUAUGUAUUUAAUCCAAAUAAUGAUAAACCAGACUUAUUAGUAACACCAACAGCACCAUUAGUUAAACAUAUAACUCCAGGAUCAAUUGAUCAUAUAAAAAUGAAUAAUAUCGGGUGGACCAGAUAA